CAACAUCAUCAUCAUUUUCGCGGACGACGGACGGACGGAAGCGAAAAGAAUCGCUCGAGAAAUCAUCAAAUAAUUGCGUUGUCUGCUGGUGCAAAGGUGCAAAUUUCGUUGCACUUCUGCAGGCAAACGCAUCCGGCAAACGAAUCGAAACGAAACGACAACGUGCGAACGAGCGCGGGUGCGUGCAAACGUGCGAAGGUGUUGCGGGUGCGUUCCCGUGGUCUGUGCCGUGAAAAGCAGUGAAAAGAGAAAAGCCACCACCCCCUUGUCGGUGCGCGCAUAAUUGCGUCUGGGGAAAAAUGGUUCCAUCGCCGUCGGAAACGGUGUGCCGCACUGCCACAACCCGUUGGUCAAUUUUCUGAAUCCCCGGAACCAGUGCAAGGUAGUAGGAAAGGUGGUGCAUUUUGCGCUCGGCGGAAGGAGAAGAAAAUUCGUCACAAAGAGGCAAGCAGCAGGGUGUUGGAAGGUGGGCAGCAAGGCGAAACGAACAUCGCUCUUCUCGACACAGACACACACCCUGUGGGGUUGGCUGUGUACGUGUGUGCGUGUGCCCUGUGCGUGUCCCGUGUGCGUAGUGUGUUCUCGCUUCGCGUAAAGGUGUAGUAGCCAGUUGGUGGUGGGGAAAGUGCGGUGGUUUACUGGGGGCGACGGCGAAAGGUACGGCAAGAGUGUACGGAGAGCAGCCUACUUCCGCUCGCCGCCGGGGUGUGCAUAAAAAGUUACAAAGAUAGAUACCGUGUGGGGUUGGGCCUCUGCCCCGCUGCGCCUAGCGGCCAACAGAAUGGGUGACGUACUCAUAUCGGAUCGCCCACCGUCACCGGCGAGCAGACUAUCACACACCUCGGAGAAGCAUCCCCGGGUGACGCUGCAGGAGCUGAACGUGCUGCGCCGUCACCGGGAGCUCUGCGAUGUCGUCAUCAACGUGAAGGGGCGCAAAAUCUUCGCCCACCGCGUCAUCCUGUCCGCCUGCAGCCCCUACUUCCGGGCGAUGUUUACCGGCGAGCUGGAAGAAUCGCGCCAAACCGAGGUGACCAUCUGCGACAUCGACGAGAACGCGAUGGAGCUGUUGAUAGACUUUUGCUACACAUCCCACAUCGUGGUGGAGGAAUCGAACGUGCAACCACUGCUACCGGCCGCCUGUUUGCUGCAGCUCGCCGAAAUACAGGACAUAUGUUGCGAGUUUCUCAAGCGCCAGCUCGAUCCGGAAAACUGUCUCGGCAUAAGGGCGUUCGCGGACACCCACUCGUGCCGGGAGCUGUUGCGAAUCGCGGACAAAUUCACCCAACACAACUUCCAGGAGGUGAUGGAGAGCGAAGAGUUUCUGUUGCUUCCGGUCGGCCAGCUGGUGGACAUUAUCUGCAGCGAUGAGCUGAACGUGCGAUCGGAGGAGCAAGUGUUCAACGCGGUUAUGGCGUGGCUAAAGUAUAACGUCGCCGAUCGGAGACAGCAUUUGGCGCAGGUGCUGCAACACGUCCGGAUGCCGCUGCUGAGCCCAAAGUUUCUCGUCGGUACGGUCGGUUCGGAUUUGCUGGUACGGUCCGACGAAGCGUGCCGGGAUUUGGUGGAUGAGGCGAAGAACUAUCUGCUGCUGCCACAGGAACGUCCGCUGAUGCAGGGACCUCGCACACGUCCCCGGAAGCCUACCCGGCGCGGCGAGGUACUGUUUGCGGUUGGUGGUUGGUGUUCGGGUGAUGCGAUUGCUUCCGUCGAACGGUUCGAUCCGGAAACGGCCGACUGGAAGAUGGUGGCACCGAUGAGCAAGCGGCGCUGCGGUGUCGGUGUGGCCGUGCUGAACGAUCUACUGUACGCCGUCGGUGGACACGACGGGCAAAGCUACCUGAACAGCAUCGAGCGGUACGAUCCACAGACGAACCAGUGGUCGUGUGAUGUCGCGCCGACCACCAGCUGUCGCACGAGUGUCGGGGUGGCUGUGUUGGAUGGGUUCCUGUACGCCGUCGGUGGGCAGGAUGGUGUGCAGUGCUUGAACCACGUCGAACGAUACGACCCGAAGGAGAACAAAUGGUCUAAGGUAGCGCCAAUGACGACACGACGGCUUGGGGUCGCGGUGGCAGUGCUUGGUGGCUAUCUGUACGCGAUCGGUGGUUCCGAUGGACAGUGUCCGCUCAACACGGUCGAACGGUACGAUCCCCGGCAGAACAAAUGGUGCGCCGUGAGUCCAAUGUCGACGCGAAGGAAACAUCUUGGCUGUGCGGUGUUUAACAACUUCAUCUACGCGGUGGGAGGACGGGACGAUUGUAUGGAACUGUCGUCCGCAGAACGAUACAAUCCACACACCAACUCCUGGAGCCCGAUCGUCGCGAUGACGUCCAGACGCAGUGGGGUUGGACUGGCGGUGGUCAACGGUCAAUUGUAUGCCGUCGGCGGCUUUGACGGUACUGCCUACCUGAAGACGAUCGAGGUGUACGAUCCGGAAACGAAUCAGUGGCGGCUUUGUGGCUGUAUGAACUAUCGCCGGCUCGGCGGUGGUGUCGGUGUGAUGCGUGCACCCCAAACCGAGAACUACAUGUGGAUUCGCAAAGAUUCCGUUGUUUAACAUACACACACAAAACACAUUCGGCCAGCAUUCUGUUCUACGCUUGCGAACGGCGGCACGCGGCAGGACUAUUCGGCGGCACGGCACGAUGAUGGUGUUGGUGCCGUGCCGUGGAACAGAAGUGGUCUGUGAACCGUAGUGAAAAGGAAAGGUGUACAUGAACAUAAUUUAGGGCGAUCGGAAAGCUUCACAAGCUAGAACUGCCUAAAAAAAACGGGUUUUAGCAAAGCUCGAAAUGACAUACUUGAUUUCAACACACACACAUACACUCACCACUGCCAAGGCGAAUAGGGUAUGGCACCCAGCUGGUAACAGAAUACCAUUUAUACCACCACACAUUGGAAGGUGCAGACGCGGCACCUAAACCCCACCACUUAAGAACACACCCGUUCAUUAUGCAAAGGCAUUAGGCGUUUAAGGAGUUAAGUACCCAGUAUAAUUUCGAACCAGUCGCGAAAAACAAGGGGCUUGUUAUAAAGAAAAGAGAGAGAGAGAGAGAAAGGUGAAACGAUUCGUUAAUAAUGUUUGUUUGAUGAACGAUCCAUUAAAUUUUUCGAAUUGAACUUAAAGGUACGUUUUACUUCCGUUUUCCGGAAGCCUGUACGUCAAAGGCAAAUGGGAUUCAGGUUCAGGACGGUAGGAGUGUGUGUGUGAGUUGCCUGUGCGUGUUGCCUAGCAACGGGUGGUAUAUAUUUUGAUACAAUGUUUUUUUGAAUAUUAUUUAUACAAUCGCAUCCUCAAAAUAGGCUCCUCAAAGGCACACUUUUUCUGAUUUAAUUUUUUUUAACUAUCUUGCGCAGACAUGGUUAGAUUGGUAAAAAAAGACAGGGAAAAAGCAAGCCCGAUUAAGUGUGUGUUGAUUGAUUGCCCCACUGUUUAUCGUAACCAUCCAUUAAAAAGGGUUAUAUUUGUAACCAUUUAGUAGGGCUGUAGACUCCUGAUGCUGAUCGGACCGCGCAAGUGGAUGAUUUCGUUGUCCACACUUCGAGUUUGUAUAUAGGCCGCACGGUCCCUGCAACACCGCUCCCAUCCGUUAUCACAGAUCUCAACCUUAAACGCGCACGAUCCUAGUAGCCCUUCGCGCACGUUCCAGCUUCUGGCGUAACAGUUUUAGUUUUUAUAGAACGGCCAAUAAUGGUACGGAAACGGAGCAAAUGGAAGUGUUACGGUAAAGCGUCCUUCCGAAAAUUAGAUGUGUAGUAGUCUCCCCUCAUUCAUGCACACGCCACACACACGGGAUCGAUGCCCGCACUGCUAACUCCCCUCAAUGCAUGUUGCUUAACGUUGUUGCUUAGUAUGUUGCCUAGUUACGUUUGCCUGCUCAUCCCCAUCACCGUUCCACCUUAUAGGGGUUGUUCAGCUUAAAGGUUCUGUUUGGCGGGAUUUGCUACGAGAACAGUUUGGUGUUCGAAGUGGUUAACGAAACGCUACCGAAAACUCAUCAGAAUAUCACCGUGCCGUGGUGCCGCGGCUAUAUGUGGUCACAAGUAUUAGGAAAUGAGCCAAAAAGAAAAAGAAGGAAGCCAAGAAUUUCUUCUCCAAUUAAGAAUUGCUGUUCAGAAAACGAAACAAAAAACGCAUAGACAAUUGUAAAUGGUUUCUGUCAGCAUGCAGAAAGUGUAAAUCGUUCGUCGAAUUCUAGCGAAAAGCGAGUAGCGUUAGCUGGAAAGGAAGUUUUAACGCGCUGCCGGUAAGCAACGGUCCAACUUCACUGACUGGGUCUGGUUAGAUAGCAGUUGAUAAGCUUUCAAAUCAAUGUUGAGCAACUAUCGGAUAUCUCAGAAUUUUAACAAACAGGUUGGCGUGGCUCUAAUCUUUGCUGAGCCUCCCACGUGGCGUAGUCCGAUCCAUAAGGGGUAGACCUGGUGCAGAGUUAGGUCUAGUGGUCAGUGGCACUAAACCAAACCACAGCGUAGCGUAUCAAGAUUUAGAACUCCUGUGACCUCUACACUAAUCUGUCUUUUCGGUUUUGUACAAAGUAACAACAGUUCCCUCCGUAGUUAGGUUGGCCCGAACGUUGGCGUACUCGGCGAGUGGCAGAGCGCGUUGGCUGCUGUUUAAGAUUCUCUCACCAAGCCCCUUUUUUGUCGAGAAGGUGGAAAGUGCUAUUAACUAAUGCUCAUCGCUCGUACGGUAACUUUUGUUUUAGGUUCGCGUGCUAAUUUAUUAGACAUUUCAGUGCGAUCGAGAUCGUGCAAAACCGGUGAUUGAUUAGUUGUUGAUGAUAAGAAGAGCUGUAAGAAUGUGAUUAAGAAUGGCAAAAAUUAAAGUGCAUAACUAAAGCCUUUGGUUGAUUGUA